UGCUCUGGCCAUGAUAUCAUCAUCUUAACGAAAUCAACAUUCCGGCAAAUUUUCGUCAGCUUAAAAUUGGUUGAGCAGAUCCAACAAAAUACAGUUAGAUUUAAUCAAUACAGAGCUCACAAAUAGCAAACCACUUUAUAAAAUCGUUGUAACUAAAGCUACAGGAGUGCAGAUUUUUAGAAUAAUAUAUCAACAUUUUAAAUUUUCCAUUUUAUACGGUUCUGAAUUGUGUCAUCGUAUGUUUGGAUAUGCCAUGUUGCAUUAGGUCAUGGUCAAUGUAAUCUUAAUCGUCUCGAAACAAAAACGGGAACAUUCUCUGUAAUACGACUGAACAAAAGUAUAACUUUUUUAAUAUGCAUAGUAUGGUUGCCCGCAUUUCAGCUUAUAGAAACAGCAUGUCGGACGAAGCUACCAAUGGGACAUCCUCACCCGCACCACCUGUUGCUGAAUUGGCCGAAAUGGCUUUGGAAGAGCCCAAGGUCACAUUUCAGGAUCAAUUCAAGGCUUUCUCCAAAUUUGGCGACACAAAAUCCGAUGGUAAAAUGAUCACCCUAUCGCAAAGUGACAAAUGGAUGAAACAAGCCAAGGUUAUCGAUAAGAAAAUCACCACUACGGAUACUGGAAUCCACUUUAAGAAAUUCAAGUCAAUGAAGAUUUCUUACAGUGAUUAUAACAAAUACUUGGACGACUUGGCCAAAACCAAAAAAGUUGAAUUGCAAGAAAUCAAAAACAAGAUGGCUUCAUGCGGAGCCCCUGGGGUCUUACAAGUAUCGGCUGGCAAGGCUGCUUCUGCUGUUGAACGUUUGACAGAUACCAGCAAAUACACAGGAUCUCACAAGGAACGUUUCGAUGCCACUGGCAAGGGCAAAGGCAUUGCAGGCCGCAAGAAUGUUGUGGAUGAUUCCGGUUAUGUAUCCGGCUACCAAAACAAGGACAGCUAUCCCGAGAAGCAUUAAAUUUCCAGUAGCAUGAAUGAGAAUAGUCAUUUUCUACCCACAAUUUUUAAAUAUUUAUUAACAAAACCAACAAAAUAUGUUUAAGUCCAUUAACAAAUGUUAGCCACUUAAGUGAAUAUUAAAGCCAGUAGCUGCAAUCGCUUAUAAUGCAUACACAAUGACACUCUUCAAAAUUAAUUGCUAAUUUUUAAUCUUUAUUUUCCAAGGAAUAUAUGUUUCAUUCUUUUUUCUCAAAAUAAAUUGUGAUAACAUUUCUUACAACA